AUGUUCACCUGUCUCCAGCUGUCAGAACAGACCCGUCCCAGACCCUCCGGGUAUCAACAGAGGCCCAGGCCUCAAUAUCGCCCUCCGAACAGACCUCAGAGACCUCAGAAGGGAAGGCCACGUCCACAUAAGCCGAGGCCCAGCUAUGGUCCGCCUCCCAAGGCUCCAACAUCCAGCUAUGGCCCGCCCCCUAAGGCUCCGGCCUCCAGCUAUGGUCCACCCAAAGCGCCAACAUCCAGCUAUGGCCCGCCUCCCAAGGCUCCGGCCUCCAGUUAUGGCCCUCCACCGAAGGCUCCAUCUACCGGGUAUGGUCCGCCUAAAAAGGGCCCAACUUCAAGCUAUGGACCACCACCCAAGGCACCAUCUCCAAGCUAUGGUCCACCAUCCAAGGCCCCAAGUUCAAGUUAUGGCCCUCCUCCAAAGGCUCCGAGCCCAAGUUAUGGCCCUCCAAAGGCUCCUAGUCCAAGCUAUGGCUCUCCAAAGGCUCCUAGUCCUAGCUAUGGCCCUCCAAAGGCUCCUAGUCCUAGCUAUGGCCCUCCAAAGGCUCCUAGUUCUAGCUAUGGCUCUCCAAAGGCUCCUAGUCCAAGUUAUGGCCCCCCUCCAAAGGCUCCAAGCACCAGCUAUGGUCAAGCAGAAGAGCCCUCUUCAGGUUACGGCCCUCCGAAGACCUCUAGCGUCGUGGAGGAGUCUUCUGGAGGCUAUGGCGGACCCCCCGCGGCCUCCAGCGGCAGCUACGAGCCUCCGUCCAACAGUAUUGACAGUGGUUACGGCCCUCCGGAGGAGAGUUCCACCCCCGUCGACCAGAGCUACAUACCGCCAGAAUCCCCACCAUUGCCGCUUGCCACCGAGGAGGCAAUUCCUGUUGAUGUGUAUGGCCCUUCACCCUCACCUGCUGCCCCAUCACAGAGCUAUGGGUCGCCCCUACCUCCGGUUUCUGCCCCAUCACAAAGCUAUGGAGCUUCACCAGCGCCAGCCCCAUCACAAAGCUACGGGACUCCCUCAGCCCCAGCCCCAUCACAAGGCUAUGGAGGUCCCUCAGCCCCAGCCCCAUCACAAAGCUAUGGAGGUCCCCCAGCCCCAUCACAAAGCUAUGGAGGUCCCCCACCCCCAUCACAAAGCUAUGGAGGUCCACCAGCCCCAGCCCCAUCACAAAGCUACGGGGCUCCCGCUGCACCAGCCCCAUCACAAAGCUAUGGAGGUCCCCCGGCCCCAUCACAAAGCUAUGGAGGUCCCCCGGCCCCAUCACAAAGCUAUGGAGGUCCCCCGGCCCCAUCACAAAGCUAUGGAGGUCCCCCGGCCCCAUCACAAAGCUAUGGAGGUCCUCCAGCCCCAUCACAAAGCUAUGGAGGUCCCCCGGCCCCAUCACAAAGCUAUGAAGGUCCCCCGGCCCCAUCACAAAGCUAUGAAGGUCCCCCGGCCCCAUCACAAAGCUAUGAUGGUCCCCCGGCCCCAUCACAAAGCUAUGAAGGUCCCCCGGCCCCAUCACAAAGCUAUGAAGGUCCCCCGGCCCCAUCACAAAGCUAUGGAGGUCCCCCGGCCCCAUCACAAAGCUAUGAAGGUCCCCCGGCCCCAUCACAAAGCUAUGAAGGUCCCCCGGCCCCAUCACAAAGCUAUGAAGGUCCCCCGGCCCCAUCACAAAGCUAUGGAGGUCCCCCGGCCCCAUCACAAAGCUAUGGAGGUCCCCCGGCCCCAUCACAAAGCUAUGGAGGUCCCCCGGCCCCAUCACACGAGUAUGGGGCCCCCGCGGCGGCGCCGGCCACCUCCCAGUCAGAGGCCACAAACAGCUACGAAACUUUCUUUAAAGAUGAUUUUAAUUUCCCGUCAUUCGCUGAGCUGUUUGCCGACGACCAAUGGGGUGACAAGGUCAACAAUUAG